AACGAAAAGGUUAACUCAUACAUAGAAUCAUUCUCUGAUGCACGCACGUCGCCUAUCGGAUUCAAGUUAUAGCCUUAGCAUACAUUGAGUACCCAGGUUCUGCAGAAAAUCCCAUGGAGGUUCUGUGGCUAGCCAUUCCAAUAACCAAAAUAACAAUUGUCACUACCACACAGCAUUUUCUGGCCUUAACAUUUCCAAGUACGCUUCAGCUGCUGUUUCAUUCAUCCAUUUUACUCUAUCCAUACUUCAUCUCGUUUACAUCUGAAUGCUCAUCUACAUACACCCUUGGUUUGUCACUGCUAGCUAAGCUUUAUACAACUUUUUUUGAUGUAAACCCCAUGAUUACUCAUGUAAAAACAAAGCCUUACGUCGCCCCUCACACAGCCCUGAAGAUCCCCGCCACUUGCCAUGAACCUAGACACAUUGAUAGCUUGCGAUCAUCUCCUUACUUGACAUCCAGCUGCAUGGUCUACUCAUCACGCUAUCGUCCAUCGGGUAAACUUUCUUAUCUAGUGGACACGAAGAUCGAUUCAUCUACGGAUAUGCAGGUGUGGGGAUACUAAACAAACACACCAAUUGGAAGAAAGACUCACCGUGGCUGAGAGAGAGGUUAAAUUUUUACAAUCAAAAUGAUAGCCCUGACUGGAGGCGCUUAUGGGGGUAGUACCAGUGUUGUAUCUUGUGGAGUGAAAGCACAAGGUCAAUUAGCUUUGCACUACGAUAGCUUAAAGGAUGAUCACACACCGCUAAAAUUCAGGGGCCGUUCUAGGGAUGUGGGUAGGUUCUACUCACCAACUACGGCUUUGAUUGCCCUGGG